AUGAAUAACUUCGAAGAAGAUCCAAAUCCUAACUCUUCAAGUCUAAUAAAAAAAUUAGGUUUUUAAGUACAAUAGCUACUAGAACUAAAAAUGUAGUAACAGGAAUAGUUAAUUUUGUUGGAUAUGGUAUAUGAUGGUUAUAGUUUAGUUAAUGCAGGCGGAAAUCUUCUUCAUCUAGGUUAAAUUGGAUCUAACAAACCUCAUAAAGUUUAAGAAAACAAUGAACUUAAAGGACAAUAAUUGGUUAACAUUAAUAAAUGA